ACCGAUAGCGCUGGCUCGCGGAAAGGUCCGACGGCGCGCAGACGGGCGCGGUGCCGAUCUUUUCCAACCGGCGACGCGACCGCCAGAGCUGAGCAAAAGUCGCCACGGGGGCUGACAACCGCCCAAAUAUUUGUGCGAGCGGAGCGGAGGCCGCGAAGACGACUGGAACGCAAAUGUGACCCAAGCAUAGCUCUCCGAGCAAUGGCCGUUCGAAGGAGACGUCAGCGCAGCGGCGGCUUGUAACGACCAACAUCGCCGUCGUCGCUCAAGAAUAAGGACAAAAGGAUAUCACCACUGUGUUCACGUCAACAGGAAGCUGUCAGGGCCGUGACGUGGCCUGCAGCCUUCGCCGAUAUUUCCUCCUAGGUCUUACGCGAGGAAGACCCCUCGGCGGCGCCAACAUGGAUUUCGGCAUGUCUUCGAGCAGCGGCCACGAAUUCCGGGCAUCCGACUUCUUCAUGGAGGCGUUCGCCUUCGUCUACAUCUUCGCGCAGUCCACCAUGACGAGCGUGUACGAGAUGCUGCUGACAAUCUCUGAGUGCGUCCACCGGGGCGGCUACGACUUGCCGGGCGUCGUCAACGAUGCCGCCAACUCGACGACGUGGACCUCGACGAACGCCUCCGCAGAGCUACUAAACGAAUGCAUCGAUUCGUCGAUGAACGUUAACACGACCGGGACUGAGGGCGCGGUGCACGUGAAGGACUUGGUGUUCACCCUUCCGCUCGUCGAACUGAUCUGCUCCCUGGUGGUCUGCUUGAUGGUGGGCGGCUGGAGCGACGCCCACGGCCGAAGGUUGCACUUCAUCGCCGCCAUGGCGGGUGCAUUGAUCAAGGACGUCUCGGCGCUGGUUUUCGUGCUCAACGGCCUGCCCGGACGUGACGUCAUCUACGGCGUGACCAUCGUGUCGGGUCUUCUUGGAAGCAUCAACCUGUUCUCGGCCGGCGCCCUGUGUCACGUCAGCGACAAUUCGGACUACAGAAGUCGCACGCUGCGCAUCGGGUCGCUCACGUUCGCGCUCUACGUGGGCCGCUCGGUGUCGGUGUUCGUCGAGAGGCUGUGGAAGCCCCUAGUGGCCUCGGACACCUUCGUCCGCGUCGCGGUGUCCGUGGUGGGCGCUCAGCUGGUGCUCGACAUGGUGUGCCUUCUGGGCGUCGCCAUGGUGGUGCGCGAGUCGCUGCGCGUCAUUUCCGGCUACAAUGGCAGUCCCCUGUGGAACUUCGUGAGCAUGCGUCAGGUCAAGAACGUCGCCACUCUGGCGACGCGAAGGAGGGCAAACGAUGCCAGGCGCUUCGUGCUCGUACUGUACGCCGUGUUCCUGCUGGCACGUUUCGUGUAUUGCGGCGAGCAGGAGGUGUGGGCCGAAUACCUGUUCCGGCGGUUCAGCUGGACCCACCAGGCGUCGAUCAUGCUGGGCCUGCAGUUCCUGUGCGAGGCCUUGAUCACGAUGCUCGCCGUGUGCAUGGCACGCCGCAUGCUCUUCAAGGACACGUCGCUCGCCAUCGCCGGAGCAGUCUCCUUCAUGGGCUCGUCGGCAAUCAAGGCGGUCGCCCUCUCCGGUGGAUGGCAUGGCCUCGCUGUCAUGGUCGGCGCGCUGUCCCCCGUUAUCCCCAUAGCCGUGCUUUCUUUGCUCUCGAAACUGGUCCAUCCAGAAGAAUUCGGCUGCCUUUUCGCCAACGUGGCCGUGCUCAGCAUCGUGGCGCCCCUGGUGGCCAGCGUGUCCUACUGGGAAGUGUUCGUGGCCACCAAAGCCAUGGUCACCGAGUUCAUAUACCUGCUCUCCAUAAUCGUCGGCACACUCCUCUGCCUACUGCUAGUGUACGUCCGCCGAAACCUGCACCUCGGAAGCCUGGGUAACCUGAUUGCGGAAGAUAAAUUGCCGCUCCUACAGAAGAGGCAACAGGACUCCGGAGCCGCAAUCCUGUAAAGACGCGUCUCUGCUCAAGACGUUUCCGCACCAUACAUUCUGAGCAGAGCGCUUGUCACCUGAAGCUUGACAAUGUGUGUGUGUGUGCCUGAGGAUCACUGUGACCGGACCGCCUUCGAAGAUCACUAAGACUUCUGCAUCUAACAGAUGUGUUGAAGACACUCGGCAUGGUUAAGGCGUGGCCAAAUCACGUUUUUUCAACAUUGGGCGAACUUGUAGACCACGUGCGCGCCUCGCGAGCCUGUGCGUGCCUAUGACCAGAACGCUCUCGACGAUAGUAUGGGCCGCUGCUAAUAAAAAAAAAAGAGAUACGGCAGAAGACAAAGUGGACAUUAACCAUGCACCCUCUUUCGGGCUGUUUCUGGGAAAGUCGCUUUCGUGAAUGUUUUCUUUAUCGCGCCAUUUUUUAUGCAUACGAGCGAAAGUAUAUUUGGCAAAGUGCCAAGAAAAUAGGCUUGCCUUGUAGCACAGUAUUAGUCGGCCACGAGACAGAGACAUGUCAAUGUUUGAUUGACAACUAGAUCACCAAAGGCAUCAGAUAUGUUUUCAGCAUGUUUGGUUGACCACUAAUGUGACUCUAUUUUUCUUUCCUGGCUUCCUUGUGGUCACAACUCGCCAGCCAUAGCGUAUCACCAUUACCAUCAUCAUCAUCAUCAGCUUGGCUGCGCCCACUGCAGGGCAAAUGCCUCUCCCAUGCUCCGCCAAUGAACCCGGUCCUGUGCUUGCUGCUGCCACGUUAUACCCGCAAACUUCUUACUCUCAUCUGCGCACCUAAUUUUCUGUCUCCCCCCUCACGCGUUUGCCUUCUCUUGGAAUCCAGUCAGUUACUCUU